CUUUGAUCCGAGCUCCUGCCCUUUGAGUGCAGGCCCGCGCUGGGGACCAGGGAAAGCGAUGCUGUGGUUGCUGGCGACCUGGGGUGCGAGGCUCCGCGUGGGCGCUGGACUCCGCGUGCGCCACCGACCUGCUACAGGGCUCAGCCGCCAGGCCUCUGACCUCCCCCGGAACCAGCCUCCUAGCCCCGAUGUGGUGGCCCGGCCAGUGGGUAUCAGCUCCAUGAUGCGCCUGCCUGUGCAGGCCUCUCCCGAGGGGCUGGACGCCGCCUUUGUCGGGGUGCCCCUGGACAUCGGCACCUCCAACCGGCCCGGCAUCUUUUUUUUUUUUUUACCCUCUGCAGGUGGUGACCACACAAUCACAUAUCCCAUAUUGCAAGCAAUGGCAGAAAAGCAUGGCCCUGUGGGGCUGCUGCAUGUGGACGCCCACACGGAUACGACUGACAAGGCCCUGGGGGAGAAGCUCUACCAUGGGGCGACCUUCCGCCGCUGCGUGGACGAGGGACUCCUGGACUGCAAGCGGGUGGUGCAGAUUGGCAUCCGAGGCUCUGCCGCCACCUUAGAGCCCUACCGCUACAACCGGAGCCAGGGCUUCCGGGUGGUCCUGGCUGAAGACUGCUGGUUCAAGUCGCUGGUCCCGCUCAUGGCGGAAGUGCGGCAGCAGAUGGGGGGCAGACCCCUGUAUAUCAGCUUUGACAUCGAUGCCUUGGACCCCGCUUAUGCGCCGGGGACAGGGACACCUGAAAUUGCUGGUCUCACCCCGAGCCAGGCUCUGGAGAUCAUCCGAGGCUGUCAAGGCCUGAACGUGGUGGGCUGUGACCUUGUGGAAGUUUCACCGCAGUACGAUAUUUCUGGAAACACGGCCCUCCUGGCUGCGAACCUGCUGUUUGAGAUGCUGUGUGCUCUCCCCAGAGUGACGUCUGCCUGAGAGCCGUUCUCCAGAACUGAAUGAAUCAGCAGCUUGGUGGAUGCGUUUUUGCCCGUGGAGCUUUCUGCGGCAGGGUCGUGGCUGUAAAAUGCAUUCAGCGCUCUCACUCCAGCAGCCACCAUCGCUGAGGAGUCUGAAUGGGCUUGAAAAGUUGAGCUCGGAUACCACUUUGAGAUUUUUUCCUUUGAUGAACAUUGAUGGAGGAUACAGGGGGAGGGGAUGGAGAAUUCAUUCAAGGGUAUUAAAAAUCAGGGAAUUGAAAUUUUAAAAUCAUAGAAUAAUACUGUAUAGAUCUUCAAAUUUGUAUAGUCUCCUUUUAAAAUAUAGCUCCUUCUCUAGCUUAGCUGCUGUAGCUUGGUUUUAGGCCCACUUUUAA